AUGACCAAGACGCAGUGGCAGGCAAUCAGCGCGGCAAAGCAAAAGGCCCUGCUCGCCUCGAUUCCUCCAGAAUGGCUGAUACAUGCUGAUAUCCUGCCACCGGACUCGCAGCUGGACGUCUCAGCCUGGCCUGAAACCUCUGGAUGGUUCACCAAGGCUGAGCUCGAGAUCACUUCUUCUCCGGCAGCUGUCAUACUCGAGAAGACCGCUUCAGGGUCAUGGACGGCGGAGUCAGUUGCUCGGGCGUUCUGCAAAAGAGCUGCGGCUGCUCACCAGCUUACAAACUGUCUAUCAGAGACUCUGUUUCCUGAGGCCAUCAAGACUGCUCAGGCACUUGAUACCCAUCUUGCAGCCACUGGCAAGCCCCUGGGGCCGUUGCAUGGCCUUCCUAUAUCUAUCAAGGAUAACUUCAACAUCGCUGGCAAGGACUCCACACUCGGGUUCACAGCCUGGGUCGGGCAGCCGGCAACGCAUAACAGCAUAUUGAUAGAUCUGCUAAAGGCAGCCGGGGCGGUACUCUAUGUCAAGACAAAUGUGCCCACGGCUAUGAUGAUUGCGGAAACUGUUAACAACGUCUUUGGCCGGACCACGAACCCCUUUAACCGUCUUACCUCUUCUGGAGGCUCUUCAGGAGGCGAGUCGGCUUUAAUAGCAUUCCGAGGGAGCCCCCUUGGAGUUGGCACUGAUAUUGGAAUCUUUACCCUGAAGCCCUCUUUCGGCCGUUUCCCUAACUUCAAGACCAAAUCUGGUCUUGCGGGACAAGAGUCAGUAACCAGCGUCAAUGGUCCCAUGGCACGAGAUCUACGCUCUAUCUCUCUCUGGGCCGAAGCAGUUGUCGGUUCUCAGCCAUGGAUCACCGACCCGAAAUGCCUUCCUAUUCCAUGGAGAGAAGUUGAGCUCAAAAGAAGCCUGAAAAUAGGCAUUCUAUGGAACGAUGGCAUGGUUCGGCCCACUCCUCCUGUCAGAAGAGCUCUGAAAGAAACAGCAGAGAAGCUGAGGCUGGCAGGUCAUGAAGUUGUUGACUGGCAACCCAUCGGCCAUGCUCAAGCUGCCGAUAUACUAGACCGCUUCUUUCUCUCUGAUGGUGGAAAGUCGGUUGAAAAACUGCUUGCAAUGUCUGAUGAGCCUAUCCGACCUGAGAUGGAACGGUAUGGCCGUGCAGUUGACCAUGGCGUAUAUAACUUAUGGCAACUCCAUCAAGAACGAAAUACCCUACAAAAGGACUACUUAGACCGAUGGAACACACUAGGACUCGAUGCUAUAUUGGCCCCAACGGCACCCUUUGCUGCCGUCGAACAUUCUAAAUUCAGGCAUGUCGCUUAUACGGGCGUGUUCAAUAUUUUGGACUAUUCCUGCAUAUCAUUCCCAUGUAGAGUGGCCGUUGAUCAAGCCGUUGAUGUCCCAGCAGUUGGGGAAACACCACUCAGCAAGGAAGAUGCUUUGGUACAGAGUGAAUACAACCCUGGUGUCAUUCACGGGAUGUCUGUCAGCCUUCAACUAGUUGGGCGCCGGCUCGAGGAAGAGAAGGUGGUGAAGAUGUGUGAUGCCAUUUUACAGGCACUAUGA